AAAUUUUUAAUGUUUAUUUUUGAGAAAGAGACAAGGUGAAUGGGGGGAAGGGCUGAGAGAGAGGGAAACACAGAAUCUGAAACAGGCUCCAGGCUCUGAGCUGUCAGCACAGAGCCUGAUGCGGGGCUCAAACUCACGAAUCGUGAGAGAUCGUGACCUGAGCCGAAGUCAGACGCUUAACCAACUGAGCCAUCCAGGCACCCCUGAAUUUGAAUUUUAAAGAGUAGAUUAAGACCUGAAAAUUCUGAAAUAGGAAAGAAGAAUGCUUAAAAAUCGGUAUCUAGGCACAUAAAAGCACUCCAGGAUAUAUUUUAAGAUACUAACAGUUGAAAAAACAAUGACUAGAUAUAUUCAUUUUUUCCACUUCUUAAAUUUUAUUUUUAUUUUGAAGUAAUUAUGCUAAUGAUAAUUUGUUCUGAAAUAAGUUUUCUUUAGAAAUAAUUUUAGAUAUAUAGAAGAGGUGCAAAGAUACUGCAGAGUUCCCUUCACCCAUUUUCCCCUAAUGAUAACAUCUUAUAUAGCCAGAAUACAUUUAUCAAAAUUAAGAAAUUAGCAUUGGUACAGAUUGAUUUUUUUUUAAUUGUCAUGUUAGCCAAAUUGUCAUAUUGACCAACAUGCUUUUUGCUGAAUUACCUGGAGCUGUAGUAUUGAUCUUAUCCGUGAUCUGUGUUCUUAGCUCAGCUCUUUCUGAUGGUCACGUUUGGUACCCUGUGACCUUCAUCCUGUUCCUCAGGUUACAGAUGACUGACUGCCUUUUGGGCAGAUACCCAACCAUGUCCAGUCUAAAUGCUGGCCAGAAACCUGUGAUGUGACUUGGUCAGAAGGAUGGCUUUCCAAUUUUAGUUUUAUUUCUAAUCCAUGUGUCUCUUAAUAAUAUCCUCCCCACUUACAGAGCUGGUCGAAAUGUCUUUUUAAACCAAAAAAGCCUGAUCAAAAUGAUAUGCGUUAGGUAACUGCACCUUGGUUCAUUGUGGCUAGAGUGUGUGUAUGUGUAGGUCUGUUGGGGAGGGAGGGAGAGGCAGAAGAAGAAAUGGCAAGAGAUUAGGGAGGCAGCUCACCAGACAGUGUGUCUCUUCAUUUGACUAGUUUAUUGGCUUUACUGAUAUCUUCUGUUGCAUAUUUGUCUUUGCGAUUUUUGAAUCUGGAGAUGCAAAUCUUUUCAGGUUCUAGAACACUUUCUUUUCUUUUUUCUUUUUCUUUUUUAAUGUUUAUUUUUGAGAGAGAGAGCCAGAGCACAAGUGGGGGAAGGGCAGAGAGAGAGGGAGACACAGAAUCAGAAGCAGGCUCCAGGUUCUGAGUUGUCAGCACAGAGCCCAACGCAGGGCUCAAACUCAAGAACCGAACUGUGAGAUCAUGACCUGAGCCGAAGUCAGACACUUAACUGACUGAGCCACCCAGGGGCCCCUUUAGGUUCUAGAACAUUUUCAACUGUUACUUCUUCAAAUACUGUCUCUACCCCAUUCUGUCCUCCUUCACUUUAUCUUCUGUGUUUCUUACCUACUCUUUUUGUGUUUUCAGCUUUUUAUUUUUUUGUGCUUCAUUCUACAAGGAUUCAGUUUUUCCACAUAGCUCUCUCCUUUUUUUCUUCUGGGUUGGGGCUAUUGGUAGAGAAGCUUUAUAAUUUUUCCUGGCAUUGAGGAGGGGGCAUCUCAUCUUUGUGCCAUUUUCUGACUUUGGCCAUUGCUGAGCUGUACCUUGGCUGGCUUAGUCUUGAUUGGCACUGCCUGCUGUGCUGUGUCUGAAGCUGAUGUCCCUGCUACUACUGACCUCUGGUCAGCAGGUCUGUGUGUGCUGGAUCCACCCUAAUUCUGGGCUCUUUUGGGCCCAGUGGCCCCAAACAAACUUCUUAAUGGUUUCUACAGCAUGCUGGUGUGCUUGGGUCUUUGAGGCAGCUUUUCAGGAAUAUAGUAUGAGCAUGUCCUUGGCUGUUACUGAGCUACCACAUUGAUAUAGUGGCAGGUGCGAGGUUUUUGCUAAAAGACAUACAGUUCUCUGGACCAUAACUUGCAAAAGGGAAAGACAGUUAUCUUCUAGUCUGAGUCCUUACCCACAAACAUUUUCUCACCCUUUCUCGCCCCAAGACAUAGUCGCAGAUGGGAUAGGAAGUAAGAAUUCCAAACUUUUAACUAUUUUCUAGCUCCCCAUUCUCUCUGUACUCCUCCUUCAGGUUUUUAUGUCCUCUCAAUUGUUGUGGGAGAAUUGCAUUUACGCCAGCACCUCCUACUUCCUCUAUGCUGUAGUUUACAGUAUAAACUCUACCAGGAAAGUUUUCUUGCUUUGGUCUGUGGUGCUGAAAGCCAGGGUUUUAGAAUUUAAAAAAAACCCUGGGGCAUCUGGGUGGCUCAGUUGGUUAAGCAUCCGACUUCAGCUCAGGUCAUGAUCUCACUGCUUGUGAGUUUGAGCCCCGCGUCGGGCUCGGUGCUGCCAGCUUGGAGCCUGGAGCCUACUUCAGAAUCUGUCUCCAUCUCUCUGCUCCUCCCUUGCUUGUGCUCUGUCUCUGUCUCUCUCAAAUAUAAAAUAAAACUUAAAAAAAAUUUUUUUUUAAAUUGAGAAUUAAAAAAAACCCUUAGAUCUUGCACGUGAAAUUCUUAACUUUCAAGAAUUGUGGUUUCAUUGGACUAAGGACCUAAAUGUAAGAGCCAAAACCAUAAAACUCUUAGAAAAAAUGUAGGUGUAAAUAUUCAUCAUCUUAUAUUAGGCAACAGUUUCUUAAAUAUGACACCAGGGAUGCCUGGGUGGCUCAGUGGGUUAAGCAUCCAACUCCUGAUUUCGGCUCAGGUCAUGAUCUCAUGGUUCAUGGAACUGAGCCCUGCAUUGGGCUCUGUGCUGAUAGUGUGGAGCCUGCUUGAGAAUCUCUGUCUCCCUCUCUCUCCACCCCUCCCUGGCUUAGGCACGUGCACUCUUUCUCAAAAUAAAUAAACUUUAAAAAAUGCUUAAAUAUGACACCAGAAGCACAAAAGGUAGAUAAAUUUGUCUUUAUCAAAAUUAAAAACUUUUGUACAUCAGAAGUACUCUCAAGAUAGAUAUUGAAGUACCAAUAUCUUUUCAUAGAAUAAGUGAGUCCACAAUUCAGGAUAGAAUUCUAAACUAGAGAUAUAUAUUUGGUCAUCAUCAGUGAGUAGGCAGUGUGAACAUGGUAAUCCCAGGAUGGAAGUGAGAAGAGCAAAGGAAGGAGUCCUGGGGGAACGUCAGUCUCUGAGCACCGAGUAGAGAAAGGAAGGAGUGAUCUGCAAGGUUGAAAGAAGAGUAUGAGUUAUCAUAGAAGUUUCCCCACUUGACUCUAAGCUCCUUGAGGGCUCGACUCUGUCAUGUUCCUCAUUUUAUCCCCAGUUCUGGUCAUAAAGUAGGUUUCUGGUUGUCAAAUGAAAACUGAGAAGUCUUAAGGAACAGUGGUCAGCAGUGUCAAAUGUCUCAAAUAGGUCAACGGACAUAAGGACUGAGCAAACAAGGAGCUGAUUGACGGUCUUUAGAAGAGCAUCGAUGGAGCGUCUGUGGUGGAGAUAAAUGCCAGAUUGCUGAUGAUGAAGGGUGAAAGGUUGCGAGAAGGUGGAGACAAAACUAUGAGUGGAGGAUCUCAAGUCCACAUUUUUUGGGGUGCCCCAGGUGGUCCACUGAACAUGACAAUGUCACAGGAGCGAACUUCUUUAAUAUCCAAUGAUGACCCCUGGAAAAAAAUUCAACUUUUAUACAAUCACCGUUCUUUACAUCCGAGGGAUGAAAAAGGCAUGCGUGAAACUCUUGAAGACUAUCAAGUCCUAGAAGCUGUUGGCCCUCCAGAUCUCCCUCGUGGUCAUUUUUUAACAAAGGCAAUGAAUGAACCUGUUCAUGUGAAAGAAGACUUUACACAUUGUAUUUCUGAAGCGGAGACUGGAAUAUCCCAGAAGAGUCACCUCUUAGGGGUGAGUGAUAUAACUAGUUCUGAUGUGCAAAUACGUGAACUUAAGGGCAGAGUUCAGCAUUUAACUGAAGGAGAAAAGUAUCCAAAGCUUUUCGGUGACAAUAAGAAAAUCACAGAUGAACAGCACAAAGAUCAGUCAAAUACAUGUGGUCAAAACUUUCACAAAAAUGUCUUUCAGUUAGAUCAUAAGCAUGCCGCUGCACUGGAUUUGGUCUGUGGUACAGAACACAUUCAUACAGGGCCGGGAGCUGUUGAAACAGAAUGUGUGCCAACCGGACAUUAUGAGGGACAAAACCAGUGUCUGGGGUUCUUUUCCUUGAAGAUGGAAGAUAAGCCAAGGUCUGAACCUGUUAGAAGGGUCUCAGACCUUAAAAUAUCUACUGAUACUGAAUUUCUUAGUAUAAUGACUGCCAGCCAGGUUGUUCUUUUAUCUCAGAGGAAGUAUAAAGGACAAAAUUCUAGAAAUAAAGGGCCCAUAAGUGUGGAGAGUGAACCAAAGGCAAGUCAUGGGGAAAUAAGGAUAACUGAAGAUAAUUCGAUUCAGCCUAAUAAUGAUUUUGCAGGAGAUGAAAGUGGACAAAACCAAGCACAUUCCCUUGAACUCUUCAGUCCUGUUUGUCCUGAAACAAAAAGUGGUGACACUCACGUGAAGCCUGAUAAACGUCUUGAAGAAAAUAUAGGAUCCCAGGAACUUUUCAAUUUUGAAGACAAAGUGCCCCCCAGUGAUGUAUGUAUUGAGUCCUAUUGCUCAGGAAUACUGUGUUCCCAACUAAAUACCUUCCACAAAAGUUCUACUAAAAGAAGUUGGACCUCUGAAGAUAAAUUGGGCCAUUCCAAAGCUCUGUCUAAAGCCUUCCAACCAUCCAAGAAAAUUAAGUUGGUUUCUGAUGCAAGAGAUCCUACUGCAGCAGUGGGCCAGAGGCGUGUGUCUAGUUUUAAGGGGAUUAAAAAGACAUCAUUAAUAAAAAAUUGUGAUUCUAAAGGUCGGAAGUAUAAUUGUUUAGUCAUGGUAUUAUCUCCAUGUCAUGUGAAAGAAAUAAAUAUAAAAUCUGGGCCAAAUUCUGGCUCUCAAGUGCCUUUAGCAACGAUCGUGGUAACUGACCAAUCAGAAAUUAAGAAGAAGGUCGUUCUGUGGAGGACUGCAGCAUUUUGGGCACUUACAGUGUUUCUUGGAGAUAUAAUUUUGCUCACAGAUGUUACUGUUCAUGAAGAUCAUUGGGUUGGUGAGACAGUACUACAAUCAACUUUUACCAGUCAGUUAUUAAAUCUUGGGAGUUACCCGUCUGUCCAGUCUGAAGAAUAUUCCAAGAUAGUCAGUGAUGCCGUACUUCGAGACUUACUUGCAUACGUGUCUUCAAAACAUUCCUAUCUCCGAGAUCUUCCUCAGAGGCAGCCUCAGAAAGUGAGCAGUGUAGAAUUUGUAGAAUUGGAGGAGCUGCAGCCGGACAUGUUAGUCCAUGCGGUGCUGAGGGUUGUUGAUAUCACUAUACUGACAGAGGCAUUAUACAGUUAUAGAGGACAGAAGCAAAGGAAAGUUAUGUUAACAGUGGAACAGGUCCAAGGUCAACAUUAUGUGCUUGUAUUAUGGGGUCCUGGAGCAGCCUGGUACCCUCAACUUCAAAGGAAAAAAGAUUAUAUUUGGGAAUUUAAAUAUCUUUUUGUUCAGCGCAAUUACAUCCUAGAAAGCUUAGAAUUGCAUACAACAUCUUGGUCAUCCUGUGAGUGCCUGUUUGAUGAUGAUAUAAGGGCAGUUAAAUUUAAAGCAAAAUUCCAAAAAAGCAUGCCCUCCUUUGUGAAGAUGUCAGAUUUGGCAACACACUUAGAGGACAAGCGUUCAGGAGUGAUUCUAAUCAAAGCCCAGAUUUUAGAGCUAGUGAUACCUGUUACAGCAGCUCAGAAGAUAACUCUGAAUGCCCACAGCUCCCUGAGGAGCAUCUUCUCUUCCCUUCCUGACAUCGUAUAUACUGGCUGUGCAAAGUGCGGAUCGGAACUGGAAACUGAUGGGAAUAAGAUCUAUAAACAGUGCUACAGCUGCUUGCCCUUUACGAUGAAGAAGCUGUACUACAGGCCAGCUUUAAUGACCAUCACUGAUGGAGUACAUAAGGUGUGCGUCCAUGUAGGAUCAGAGCUGAUUGAGAAGAUGCUACUCAACAUUUCUCCUGACUGGCUCAGCAGAGUUGUCGCCCCUUCGUCAGAGGUCACGUACGGCAUGGUCGCCGCGGACCUGUUCCACGCGCUGCUGGCAGGCGGAGGGACGCCUUGUGCGGUGAAGCUGCAGAGCCUCUUUGUGCUGGAUGAAAACAGCUUCCCCUUGCAGCAAGAGUUCUCCCUCUUGGAUGUCUAUCCGGACGGCACAAAGCCCGUGCCCAGUGCCCUUCUCUGAGGCCACGUGAGGAAAUCGCAGGUACUUCAAGGAGGACCGCUGGAAUGAUUUGUGUCUUGAAAUGAAUGUCUGGCAGGGCUUUAACUUGGGUUUUGAAAAAAAAAAUUUUUUUUUUUUUUUUUUUUUUUAUAAAGAGAAUUGUGUUCAAUAUAUAAAUUGAGAGUUUUUUUCAAAGAGAAUUCUGCGAGGUUUCCUGUUUGUUUUUUGGCCUUUUCCUUUCCUGCUUCUAGAGGAAGGCUUUAGCAAUAAGGGCAACAUGCAGCAGUGUCCUGGGAAUUAAAGGUUCACUCCACGGGUCCCUGCGCCAUUCGAGAGCUAUACUAAGGCCACAUGACACAGAUGAAAGCCAUUUCCUCGGGAGUUGCUUUUCUGCCAUGCUUACAGACUCUCCGUGCUUUCCCUUAGUCCUGCUUGAAUAAACUGUCGAUGUGAAAUGAUUUCCUUGGUUAUAACCACACAUGAUAAUGGGUUAGUUUGCCUAAGCCUGUGUUUAGACAAGUUCAAGACAAGCAUGUCUAAGAAGAAGCAUUUGAAAAUGAAGGCAACAAGAUCCUGCUUCAACUCCUUUUAUAAACGGCGGAAGAGAGCCACGUUGCUAGUUCAUCUCUAGGAUCCGAUCACCUUACUGAACUGACAUACUAACAAACAGCCGUUUGCACUCUCAUGGUUGUAGAAGGAGCUCGUGUCAAGUGGUCAUCACUGAUGAGGAGAUGGUGCUCGACCCGGACGGUUGCAGUAUGCUGAGGGUUAGUAGAGCGAUAAUACUGCUGGAAAAUAACUAAAUUCAUAAUUAAAUGAACCAGUUUGUUUUUCCGUGCAUGUACUUUUAAAAAUUCUUUUGGUUCAUUGAAAUUGUUUUCUCUAAUUCAGGGUUUGUUAGAUUUUUUUUUUUUUAAUUUGGCUUUUCUAAAAAUGAACCUCAGGGCUUUUGUGAUCCUCCCAGAAAUAAAAUGCAAAAAUGUGUGUGAGAGAGUGCACACAUACAGAAGCACAUCUUUCCGUGGAGGAGGUCAGUAGUUUUCAACAAAUCCUUGGAGGGAGCCUUGACCAAAAAAAAAAAGGGGGAGGGGGGGUAGAGGAGGAACAGGUACUUUACUUGGUGAGUUAAUUCCUGGGGAAGUAAAGGGAUUAAAUGAAAUGAUUGCUAAGGUUUUAUCCAGCACCCAGUAAGGUGGGUACAAAAAGAGUUGUCCCCAUGUGUACCUGGAGAUAGUGGAAUUCAAACAACAAAACAGUUGCCUCUCCCGAAUAAUUCAUGUGGUGGGGGAUGAGUCUCAAGCCCAGAGCUGAUGUCUUCUAAGCCAUGCUCUUUCAGUGAUAACCACAGUAGAAGCCAAUCCGGAGUUCCGAUAUAAAAUGCGCCCAGUCAGUGUAAGCCCACCGAGAGCACUAUUCUCUCAAACUUGCCCUUCCCCACUUUGUCCUCAAGAAUCGGCCUAAUCCUUUUAUCAACCAAAGCAUAGCUCCCUGGAGUAGAUGGCUCUUCACACCUUGUUGGGAAGAAGUCUUUAAGCCAUUUCAAGUGACACCAAGAACAGCAGGUCACACUAAUCUGCCUUCACAUAGUUUGGUACAUAGUUCAUGGGUUAACACAUAUUUCCAUGAACCCUUAUUUAAGCUGAAAAUGACUUCCUUAUGUCCUGAGGAAAUUAUCAUCUAUUUAAUUGGGAUCAGGGGAGCCACAGCUCCCAGGUAUAUUCCUUACCUGAGAUGUACAAGUAGUUGUAUUUAACCUACUCCAUAAAUGUUUAUAACAUUCACUUGGGUAGCCUAAGAAUGUCAGCCAAUCUAGCAUCUGUAUCUCGCAACCCCAUUGUAGACAUUUUAGGCAAAUCUAAUUUUUCAUCUUUGGACAGUCCAGCUGAGAGGGACAGUUCUCCCGUCUUCGAGAACCAUUCGUACUUGGUAUUAACCGACACCUUCUCCAACAGCUGUUAGAAGCACUCACCUUUCUCCACACUAGUGACAUCUGGGCUAAAUCUCCUUUUAUAUCUUGGGGUGUAUUUUAAGGGGUGGGGUUUCUGAUCUUCAAGAGGUGUAACAAAAUUGGACACGUGAUUCACCCUGCAGACUUUUACUGAGAAUUCACCGUGGUCAAGGCACUGGGAAUUUAAAGACAAAUAAGAAGGCCUGCUUUUAGUGAGUUCAUAGGCAAGCUGGUGAAGAAAUAUUUAAACAAGGGGCGCCUGGGUGGCUCCGUCGGUUAAGCGAUCAACUUCAGCUCAGGUCAUGAUCUCGCAGUCCAUGAGUUCGAGCCCUGUGUCAGGCUCUGUGUUGACAGCUUGGAGCCUGGAGCCUGCUUUGGAUUCUGUGUCUCCCUCUCUCUCUGCCCCUCCCCUGCUCAUGCUCUGUCUCUCUCUCUCAAAAAUAAACAUUAAAAAAAAAAAAAAAAAAAAAAGAAAUAUUUAAACAAAAGUUUAUCAGUGCUAGAAUUAAAUCUGUGUGGAAAAGGCAAAAGAAGUCAUAGAAGGAUGGGUUUAUUUGGACUCUUGGUUGCAAAUGAUAAAAACCCAACUCACACUAGCUUGAGCAAAAACAAGGGGAAGAUUUACUGGCUCACAUAACUGGCUUAAAGCACAGUUGCAUCUGUUGGCUUAAAUUUUGUGAUCUGGUUACCCCAACCCAUUAAUUCUUUCUUUUCCUUCCCUUCAGUUUUUUCCAUUGUUUCUUUCCUUGCCCUGUUCUCUCCUGCUCUCCCAUCCCAUAUUUCCUUUUCCCUUUCCUGUCCUUUCCCUCCUAUCAUCUUCCCCUUUGUCUCUUCCUUCCUAUCUUUUUUUACUUUUAAGUUUAUUUAUGUAUUUUGAGAGAGAGAGGGAGACGAGGAGGGAAGAGAGAGAAUCCCAAACAGGCUCCACACUGUCAGCUCAGAGCCUGAUAUGGGGCUCAAACUCACAAACUGAGAUCAUGACCUGAGCCGAAAUCAAGAGUUGGCCACUUAACUGACUGAGCCACCCAGGCGCCCCUUCUGUCUUUCCUACCUAUCCACAUGGAGAAAAGAUGGCUGUAGGAAGCCCCAAACUUUCUUCUUUACAGAAUGAGAGGAGCGCCUGGAUGGCUCAGUCGGUUAAGCUUCUGACUUCUGCUCACAUCAUGAUCUCCUGAUCUGCGAGUUGGAGCCCCACGUCAGGCUCUGUGCUGACAGCUCAGAGCCUGGAGCCUGCUUUGGAUUUUGUGUUCUCACUUCCCCUCUGCCCCUCCCCCACUCAUGCUACGUCUCACUCUGUCUCUCAAAAAUAAAUAAAUGUUAAAAAAAAUACAGAACGAGAGACUUUCUUUUUGUGAGUAUCCACAUAGCAAAUUUCAUGGAAGGACUCUGAAUCUCCCUCGGUAACCAGGGGUGGGUGGGACACUGGGUUUGAAAGAGCUAGAACCACAUGGGAUGAAAGAAGCCUUUCCUUAAUGGAAGGAGAGUUCUAGGCAGACACAGAUGUGUUGCUGCAAUGGAAGAUCCAAGAAGCCUUCAGAGGGAAAAUAAUUUAACCUGCAUCUGUAAAUACGAGAUGUGUUCACCACGAAAAUGGUGCUGUGCAUAAAAUCGCGUGGCAUAUUUGGGAAGCAAAAAGUCUUGAACAAAUUAAAAUGUCACUAUUUUAAAUGGCUGGAAUGAAUACACAGAAAAAUAACCUUAGGAAACCAACCAAAAAUAUAUUGGUAAUAUAUUAAUUACAUAUAACAUAAACUAAUUAAAUGUAACAUGAACUUAAAAAAUUUAAAUGUAGCAAUAUACUACUACAUAACAAUAAUAUAUAGUUCUAAAUAUAGUAAAAAUAAUCAUGCUUACAGAUAAAGCCAGAAACGUUUAUUUAUUCAAAGGAAAUGAUUUAAAAACCAUGAAGGAAAUAAAAGGGAGAUAAGAAUCCAUGAAACAUUAUACCAUAUUCCUGCUGUUUGAAAAGAUCUGAUAUGCAGAGUUGAUUCAGUAUUAACCAAAGUCCCUGAGGGAUGACAUAUAGAAGUUGAUAAAUUGAUUUACAAAUUAGUUGAGAAGAAUAAAAAGGAAUGUAAACAUUCUAAAAACCAUUGAACUGUACACUUUACAUGGGUGAAUUGUAUGGUUUGUGAAUUAUAUCUUUAUAAAGCUGUUAAGAAAAGAAUAGGCAGGAAAAAAAAUUUAAAGCUAAAACGAGCAAAAAUAAAGUAAGCAAAACAAUGAAAAAGACCCAGGGUUUUGGUGUGUACAGUGUAUUAAGUGAAAAAUCACCUUAGGAAAUGGUACCAUGGGGGCGCCUGGGUGGCUCAGUCGGUUAAGCAUCUGACUCUUGGUUUUGGCUCAGGUCAUGACCUCACAUUUUGUGGGAUAGAGCCCUGUGUCAGGCUCUGCACUGAAAAUGAGUAAUUAAGACAUGAUGGUAUUAAUAUAAAGGUAAAGAUUCAUUAAUGUAGCAGAAGGAGCCCAGAAACACACCCAAACAUAACAUGGAUGCUUGAUUUAUUCCCUAGGUGCUACCGCAGACUAGUGGGGAAAAGGAUAGUCUUUGCGAUACAUGGUGCUGGGAUAAUUUGGUAUCCUUAUGGAAAAAAAAAAAAAAAGAAAUUUAACCCCAAAUUAUAACUUAUACAAACAUCUAUUUCAGGUACAUUCUAUAUCGAAAUGUGAAAGGAAAAAUAAUAAAAGCUUCUUGAAAAUAGUAUAGAAGAAUAUCUUCAUGUUCUCAAGGUAGGAAAAGGGUUAGAAGGUGGAGGAGGGGCAGUAAAGUAUCAUCUAAACUGAGAAGGCGCUUUGAGACCAGAAAAUGAAACAGGCAGCUCCAUACAAUUUACACAGUUUUAUUCAGGGUAACUUACUGAUGUGGGAAUCGGGCAGGUGAUGAUCAGAGCUGCACAGCGAUUCUCCCCAAGGUCCAGACCUUAGUCCACGAAUUUUCUAGAGUGAGAGGAUGUGCAGAGAGCACUGUGGUGAGGACACAGGGUCUAACACUUAACAGACCUCGUACCACCAUCUGUGCCAGAAUGAGGCAGGGGCCGGGGUGGGGGUGGGGGGAGGUGGUUAGAAACUGUUAUCUCUGUUAGUUUUCUAAACAACUUCAGGGAAGACCAGAACAAGUCUUCCCACAUUCUGGUCGGGGCAUACUUUAACCUCCAAAGGGCUGAAUACGUAGCCCGAGAGAGGUCAUUGUGUGGACAGGAUGGAGGGCCGAGGUGGAGUCAGAAUUGUCAGCACUCCUACAGAAAGACUUCUUAAAAAGAGGACCAAAAACCAUCAAUAUAAAAGAUGGCUUCAAGGGGGGCCUGGGUCGCUCAGUCAGUUAAACAACUGCCUCUCAGUUUUGGCUCAGGUCAUGAUGUCAUGGCUGUGAAAUCGAGCUCUGCAUCAGGCUCUGCACUGGACUUGGGGCCUGCUUGAGAUUCUCUCUCUCUCUCUCUCUCUCUCUCUCUCUCUCUCUCUCCCUGUCUGCCCCUCCCCUGCUCUCUCUCUCUCUCUCUCUUUCAAAAAAAAUUGUUUAAUUUCACUACAUUAAAAUUAAAAACUUCUAUUUAUCAAAAGAAAGCCAUAAAAUGGGAGGAAAUCAACCACAAAUAUAUUAGUAAUUAAAAAAAAAGCCAGAAUGGGAGAAAAAAUUUGCAAUACAUCUAAUCAAAAUGAAUUCCUACAAAUCAAUAAGAAAACCACAAAUAACCCAGUAGAAAAGCAGGUAAGAUCCAUGAGUCAGCACUUCAUAAAGGAGGAGACUCGAAAUGACAAAGUAACAUAUAAAACAUGUCCAGCCUCCUUCCCCAAAGGCAGAGUACAAAUUAAAUCCACAAUGAGGUACCUCUACAUACUAAAAAGAAUGACUAAAAUGAAAAGACUGACAAUACCAAGGAUACCAAGUGUUGGCAAGGAUGUGGGAGCGAUGGAAACUCACACUGUUGGUGAGAAUGUGAAUUGACUUUGGAGAACAGUCUGGCUUUAUCUACCAAAUUGGAAGAUACGCAAACCCUAUGAUCCGGCAACUCUACUUCCGAUUUUAUGCCCCACCCCGCCAAAUACAUAAUGAAUUCAAAACAUAAUGUGGAGCGAAAGAAGCCAAAUACAAAAGAAUGCGUCCUUUCCAAUUCCUUAUAUAAAUUUUGUAACAAAACAAAACAAAACAAAAAACCUGGAGCAUUUACGGCUGCGUGGUCAGGUAGUAAAAGCAAAGAAGUGAUUUCCACAAAAGCCAAGUUAGUGGUUAUUUUGGUGGGGCGGGAGAGGUGUGUUUGGGCGGGGGCACAAGGGAAGAUUCUGGGGAGGCUGGUUUACCAGUUACCAAUUUCCUAACCACUCCACAUCCAUCCUUACUUAAUACAUGCUCUGCAGUGAGUACGCUGCUGAACAGUAGAGGGCGCGAGAGGCACACUGCGGGAGGCAAGCGCUUUUCUUGCUAGUUCUAGUAGCUGUACAUCAGUCAUGAUAAGGGUGUGAGGACACUGGAUGGCGCUCUGUGCCUGCCACACGGCCCGAGCUCGCGGUCCUUAGGCCACAUUGAACCCAUGUCUGGCCUGUCAAUCAUGUUCCCAUGACCCUUCUGAUCUCGAAACCAGAGCUUCAGCCCUCUCUCCACCUUCUGGAAAUUUGUCUCAUCAGGUUAGUUAAUCAGCAAACUGGUAAGAGCAUGUUAUCGAAACAAAGGGAAGACAAGAAUCAAAUCUGGUCACUUGCAGGAUCAUACUUUACAUUCGUGGAGAUGAGCACAUAAUUUACACAAAUGGAAGGGAAGGAGGGGGGAGAGGGAAGAAAGGAGGAAGGAAGGAGAGAGAAGAGA